UUUAUUUGAAACCCAUCCAGACGUUCAGCAAGUUUUUAUGCCCUUUAACGGAAUAGAAUUGGAAGACUUGAAACACAGCAAGCAAUUGCGUGCUCAUGCCCUCAGGGUAAUGGCGUUUGUACAAAAAGCAAUAGCAAGAUUACAUGAACCAGAAAAAUUAGAACAACUGCUUAAAGAAUUAGGAAAGAAACACCACGGAUACAAAGCUAAGGUCCAAUAUGUUGAUCUUGUUGGACCUCAGUUUAUUCAGGCGAUUCAGCCAUCCUUAGACUCCGAAUGGACUGAGGAGGUAGCAGAUGCCUGGAAACUUUUGUUUGCUCAUGUCGGCUACAUUAUGAAAGGGGCCAUGAUCGAAGCUGCAGAGGAAGCAGCCAAAGAGAGCAAAUAGCAGUCACAAAGGCGGGCCUCCACCUCCAAGAGGAGAUGGAGCCUCGCCAGGCCACCGAAAUAAAUAAAACUUAAUACAAAUCAAAAAGAAAAGUCUGUAUAGGCCUGUUUCUAUUUUCAUUACUUUACAAGUAUCAGUCGAUACAUUAACACACUAUCAGGGGAAAACUAAAAUAAAUUUAUUAGUGGACGGCUGUGUUUUUUGCUGAAAAAAAGUGUUUUUUAUUUGUACAUUUGUUCUUAACUCUUGAAAUAUAAUACGUCUACUUAAGAAGAAACAAUUUUACAGUUUAAAUUUUUUUAACGAAAAAAUGGACAUAUUCAAUGUUAAGUGUUCAAAGAUAUUGGGCACAUAUAAGUUUGUGUAGUAAGAGUGUUUGUUAGAUAUAAAUGUAUAAAUUAAUUAAUUAAAUGUUUGUGGAAUAAAUUUCUAGAGAUGAGUUGUAUCUAAGUUGUUAUCAAUUUUGGUUUAAUUUUUUAUUUUGAGGUUUAACUCUCAUGCUUCAGUUUGCAAAAGUGCUUAAUGAUACCACUACAUACUGUACAUUUUUUAAAUUGAAGUACUGAAAUUUUAGCUUAUCAAUCCAACGACAAACAAACAAUCCACAUUUUAACCAUUUCAGUCUAAUUUAUAGUAAAAAUUAAAGGAUAAAUUUAAAUGUGUAGAGAUUAGUGACCGUUAAUCGGUAGUUAUUCAGAUAUCGUGAGAUGCGGUCGGGUAAAUUUAAAAUGUAUCGUAGAAGGCCUAUCACACGUGCAAUACUGUAUAUUCAUAAUGGUAUGAGCAAAAUUAGCGUGGUUAUCACAUUUAUUCUUUCCUUUUUAUUUGGUCAUCUUAUCAAUUUUAUUUUCUGGAAGUGAUGAGAAUGGUGAACUUCUAGAAACCUUGUUUUCCUUUUCUUUAUUUUAUGUAUGUUUCUUUUAAAACAAUGCAUUCUGGGGCCAUUUUUCCAGCUCCCCUCGUCAUGGAUUCAGGAAUUUAUUUACGAUUUUUAAGUUCAUGUUUUGAGGUAUAAACUAUGACUUUGGAGUUUAUACUUUGGAGUCAUAUAUGACUAUGAAUUUGGAAUGUAUACUUCAGAGUCAUAUAUAAAUUAAUACUUUGGAGUUAAUACUUUGGAGUUAUAUAUAAACUACUACUUUAGAGUCAUAUAUAAACUACUGCUUUGGAAUGUGUUCUUUAGAGCCAUAUAUAAACUACAAUUUUUGAGUAAAUAAUUUGGAGUUUCUACUUUGGAAUCAUACAUAAACUUUGCCUUUGGAAUUUACACUUUGGAGUUUAUACUUUGGAGUCAUAUAUGACUAUGACUUUGGAAUGUAUACUUCAGAGUCAUAUAUAAAUUAAUACUUUGGAGUUUAUACUUUGGAUAAAAGAGUAUGCAAGGCCUUCUGCACCUCGACCUGAGUCAAUUUAUUGUGCUCCCCUGUUUUUUGUAACUCACUGACCAGUUUCAGGUUGUUAAUCCUAACCUUCAUAGCCUUGCCAGCGGCUCCUUACUAUAAGUCCUUGCUUGUGUUUGUUCCUAGUCGCAAGAGCCUGCACCUUCAUAGACUUUUACAGAAUCAUAAAAUGUGUUCUGCCGUCUCCUCCCCUUCCUGGCAUUAUCUGCACAGUGUUUCGUUUGUCUGUACUCCUAUCUGGUGCAUGUCCAUUCUUAACUGGCUGUUCCCUGUCAGGAGUCCAACCAGAAUUCUGGUUCAGUUGCGGUUGCCUUCCAGUAUUUUCUUUGUGAGUUUUGCAGUUGGCCCUUCUAUGGAUCUCUUCGCAUGCCUUGUGCCUGUGGUAUUGUUCCACAAGGUCUUGUACUUAUUAAGGAUCCAUUUUAAGAUGUAUCCUCUUUUGUGGCAAGAUGCUAAGUCUCAGUAAGGUUCAGGACCCAGAGAGUCCAUGAUGGACCCCUCUUUGGCCAACAUGACAACCUUUUCAUCGCCUUCAUGCCCCAAGUGCCCAGGGACCCCAGGGUCAGGUCAUUAGUGUCACUAACUUCCGUGCAGUUCCAAAAAUACUUUUUGCCUUCAUCUUGCAUGAAGCUAGGGCGUUUAGUGCUGCCUGACUGACAGAGAAGACGGCUAUCUUCCAGGAUAUAUUCCUAGCCUUUUUAUUUCCCUACCAUAGUGUUCAAUCAUGAUUUCAGAUUGGAAAAUUAAAACUAGGUUUACUGCCACUUUAGUCUGUGGAUUUAUCCCGAAGACUCCAGAUCCCCUGCCCUUGACGGUUUUGGAGAUGUCAGUGUACCGGUAGGAGUUGGAAUGUAUACUUUAUAGUCAUAUAUAACUACUACUUUUGAGUAAAUAAUUUGGACUUUAUACUUCAGAGUAGUAUACAAACUACGACUUUGGAGUUUAUACUUUGGAGUCUUAUAUAAACUACAACUUUGGAGUUCUAUAUAAACAACAACCUGGAGUUUAUACUUUGGAGUACUUUAUACUGGAGUUUAUACUUAUAUAAAUUACUACUUUGGAAUAUAUACUUUAGAGUCAUAUAUAAACUAAUAAUUUGGAGUUUAUACUUUGGAGUCAUAAAUAAACUACAACUCUGGAGGUUAUACAUUGAAGUAUAUGCAGUUUAUAGUAUUUAAAGAGAAGAGAGCCAUAAAGAGAAGAGCCAGAAAAAUGACCCUGAAAUGCAUAGCUGUAACAGAAAUCUAUAUAAAAUAAAGGAAAAUAAAAACAGGUUCUAGAAGUUCAUCAUUCUCAAUAUUUGCAGAAAAAAAGCAUCGUUAUUUUUAAAUGUUUAAAUUUUAAAUAAAUUUUCCAAUGCCGCAAGACUCAAUGAACCAUCGGUAUCAUUAACCAGUUUUACAAACGGCAGAGGUAUUUGAUGUUGACUCAAAUGGCUAUUGGUAAUGCUUUAACAGAAAAUUAGAUGUAGACUGUAAAUUGUUAGGCCUUUCUCCCUGUGAACAUACAAAGAGUAUGUCACUGUCAGUUUUGGGCCUAACUUAUGUGUAAUUAGACUAUGUGAUAUAAAAUUAAAUAAUUGUAAAGAAACGGUGUGUUGCUUUUUCUUGCAAAUUGUUAUGAAAGUAAGAUCAAAUAUUUUUAAACCUAAUAUCGACCAUCAGCUAGGUUUUAAUAAUAGCUGUACAUUAUUAACAAAAUAUUCACUAGUUGUAAUAACGUUACAGCUUCAUAUUUUCAUUCUUUUAUCUUAUAAAUACAAAAUCUUUUGUAUUCUUUAUAUAAGAAUUCUUAU